AUGGAGCAGUAUGGCAAUGUGGAGAUCACAAACCACAAGACUGGGGACAAAUGCCUGUUGAAUUUUAAGCCAUGCGGCCUUUUUGGUAAAGAAUUUCACGUAGUUGAAGGCUACAUUCAAGAUAAAAGCAAAAAGAAGCUCUGUGCUCUCUACGGGAAGUGGACAGAAUGUUUGUACAGUGUUGACCUGGCCAUAUUUGUUGCUUACCAAAAAAAGGAUAAGAAAAAUACUGAAGAGAAGAACAGCAAACAGGUAAGUGCUUCUGAGGAGUCGGAUGAAAUGCCAGUGCCAGAAUCCCAGAGCGUGUUUGUCAUCCCUGGGAGCGUUCUCUUGUGGCGAAUAGCCCCACAGCCUCCGAAUUCGGCCCAGAUGUAUAAUUUUACUAGCUUUGCAAUGGUUUUGAAUGAAGUAGACAAGGAGAUGGAGAGCAUGCUUCCUAAGACAGACUGCAGGCUGCGGCCUGACAUCAGAGCCAUGGAGAAUGGGGAGAUGGAUCAAGCCAGUGAAGAAAAAAAGCAACUCGAGGAGAAACAAAGAGUGGCAUGCAAGAACAGGUCCGAGUCAGAGGACUGGAAGACGAGGUGGUUCCAUCAAGGCCCUAAUCCCUACAGCGGAGCCCAGGACUGGCUUUAUUCUGGCAGCUACUGGGACAGAAACUACUUCAAUUUGCCUGACAUUUACUAAA